AAUGGCGACCUCCAGAGGCAGCUGUCUUGUUGUGAUUAGCUCGGCUGUCGAAGGUGUUUCUGCAGCGUCGUUUAUGCAGGCAUGCACCCUCAUUAACCAGACUUUUGCUAUACAGCUGGCAUCUCCCGGUGGUCGUCAAGCAGAGUAUGUGAACCAGGAUGAUUCUAACCGGCGCUGGUUCAACGAAUUUCGCUCCAAGGCAAGUUCCACUCCCAUUGGUCUAGAGACAGUGGACGUGAACCGCUACUCGGCCAUGCUGAUCCCCGCUUGCCCCGGGGCCAUCCACGACUUGGCCGGGAACAAGGACCUCAGUCAGAUCCUCGUACAUUUCAUCAAGGAAAAAAAACCGAUCUGUGCAAUAGGGCAAGGAGUGGCCGGGUUGUGUCCAGCUCGGAGAGAGGAUGGGAAGUCGUGGUACCUGGAAGAUUUCUGCCUGACCUCGCCUUCCUUGUUUGAAGUGGGCCACUUACCCGAGUUCCUGACAAUGCCGAUUAUCCUCGAGGAUUUUAUCAAAGAUCAUGGUGGAAAGUACACCGCGACAGAGCCAGAUGGCGUGCACGUGGUGAUCGACAGAUUUCUCAUCACGGGCCAGAACACACAGUCGACGGUCACCGCCGUCCAGAACCUGAUCCUCAUGUGUAGCCAAAAACAAUCAAGACCUGGGAGUUUAUCGAGAUACCCUUCCCAGCAGCCGUAAGGGACAGUCAGUCGUUCUUGAUGGCUUUAACUUCAUAAUGUCAAGAGGCUAGCCCAAAGUGUUGGGGAAAGUGGAGAGUUUUUGUCCUGUGCCUUGGUCCAGGGUGAGAAAGGCAUUGAUGAUGAAAUUUUGAAGGACUUGCAACUCUUCUUUUAUUGAAUUGCUAACAGAAUGAUCUUGAAUGCUCAAUUGCAACGCAUUGCAAAUAAAAGUGCUGUUAUUUUUUUUUUAAAGUUAUUAAUCAGGAAUUUGUGUCCAAGAUUUGUGUAAAUUCUAAGCUGGCGGCCUGCUCUGUACUGGUACAUGUAUGCCUACAUAUGUAUGCCUACAUAUACUGACAUUUGAUUUGAUUGCUCCUAAGGGACCCUUGUUAGGUGGUUGAUUCUCUCCAGUAACACAUCUCUUACAUCUUACCUCCGGCACUUUCUUUAUGACUUAUUUGUGUUGCAAGAGCUGUAAAAUCCAUACUAAGCGCCACUGGUAGGUCCUACUUCUUAACUUUCCCUCUGUUGUUUCUGUCUGUCUGUCUGACUUUUUCACUAAAUGACCAUUAUUGUCUCGAUGUGCUCCAUCCUCGUUACCCUAACAAACAAAACAAAACAAACAAACAAACAAAACUCUUACUAAAACUAUACUCAGUAGUAGAAAGGAAAACAUACCAUGUACUUACAGUAGGAGAUAUUUGUUUAUCAACAUAUUCACAGACACAAGAUAACUAUUUGUUUCUCCAACUUUCAUUACUUUCUUCACCCAGAUUGGCCGCUACUUCUUUUUGUUUUUUGUUUUUUAAACUCAGUUCAUGCUAUUUUACCUACUUAGGUUCAUUAGGGGUUUUUAGUGGGGAGAGGGGGGGGGGGAUAAAUUUGUUGGGGUUUGUUUUUUUUGCUUGAGCCUUCUUUUUUCUCUCGCAUUUUCUUUAGACUUUAUUCUAAGCGUUCCCUCCCCUCUUCAGAUUGGCUCAUACCAUGUUGUUAAAUAUUAUAUUCUUUUUUUCAUUCUGUACACUUUGCUUUUACUUUUACCGUUUUGCAAGAUUUGAACCUGGUGCUCCUUGUGCGUACCUUUUUGGGGGCCACAUCUGAUACUACUUAGAGGUCCUGUGUAUUCAUUUUUGAUUAUUUUAAUUUUGUAAAGCGCAUAGAGAGCUUGUUGUUGAGUGGGAAUAUGGGCUUUAUAUAAAACAAACCAUCGCCUCAGAACUAUUUUGAUCAAAGUGUCUCUUAACUUAUGCACACUUUGGACAAAUAAAUAGUUCUGAGGCGAAGAAAUGCUAUUUAUUAUUUUUUAUUUCAUUUGAAUUAUUAUUGUGGUUUUUGUUGCUGUGAGAUGUAGACUGUUAUAGUACAAGACAUAUAUAUCGAUGUGUGUGUGUGGGGGGGGGGUUCUACGGUCUGCUCUCUCCGAGCUGCUUCUCUUUUUUCCACUUUCUUUGUUUCUUUUGAGCGCAACUUGAAUUAUGUUUUUAAAGACAUUCCUGAAUUCAACUGUUCACAGAAUGUUAAAAGGGGCGCUACUGAAUUGGGGCACAUGAUCAUGACUCCAGGAAACUUGCACUUGCAUUGUGAAUUUAAAAUGUUAGAAAAAGAAACGAAAACUGCAAAAUGCAACAAAAAAAUAAAA